CUCCAGGUUGUGAUGCCAGUUCCCGCGUUCAACGUGAUCAAUGGCGGAAGCCACGCCGGCAACAAACUAGCCAUGCAGGAGUUCAUGAUCCUGCCUACAGGUGCAUCUUCAUUCAAGGAGGCCAUGCAAAUUGGAGCAGAGGUCUAUCACACUUUGAAGGGUGUGAUCAAAAAGAAGUACGGACUGGACGCAACAGCUGUAGGUGAUGAGGGAGGAUUCGCUCCCAAUAUUCAGGAUAACAAUGAGGGUCUGAACAUGCUGAUAGAAGCGAUCAAGAAGGCAGGGUAUGAAGGCAAAGUUGAGCUCGGAAUGGACGUUGCUGCAAGUGAAUUUUUCCAAGAGGGCAAGUACAAUCUGGACUUCAAGAGCGUUUCUCCAGACCAGACCAAGAUCAUCUCUCCGACACAAUUGUCGGAUCUGUAUUCGGAAUUUAUCAAGGACUACCCGAUGGUGUCAAUUGAAGACGCAUUUGACCAGGAUGCGUGGGAUGACUGGAGUGCGUUCAUGACUAAGACUGGAGGCAAGAUCCAGUUGGUCGGUGAUGACUUGACCGUAACUAACCCGACUAGGAUCCAGACCGCGAUUGAUAAGAAGGCAUGCAACUGUCUUCUCCUCAAGGUCAACCAGAUUGGUUCAGUGACUGAGUCGAUCACUGCUGCUAAUUUGGCAAUGGAUAAUGGAUGGGGAGUGAUGGUUAGUCACAGAAGCGGAGAAACCGAGGAUACCUUCAUCGCGGAUCUGGUUGUGGGUCUGGCUACUGGUCAGAUCAAGACUGGAGCCCCAUGCCGAAGCGAACGAUUGGCAAAGUAUAACCAACUGCUGCGAAUUGAAGAGGAAUUGGGCGACAAGGCGGUGUAUGCAGGAAAGAACUUCAAGAACCCCCGACAGAAGUAGAUCACCAACACAACGGAAGGAUGGAAUAGAAGUUCACACUAACGAACCAAAACAAUGGCUUCACUACGCACAUGAACACUAUUUGAAACUGUAAUCACAACGCUAAACAACUCUAGGCUGUUUUUAUUUGAUUGAACUGUUUUUUAUUGAAUAACGACUGUUGAACUAAACAAUUUCAGGUAUGACCAAUUAAUUGUUUAGUUCAUCUCGACUGGUAACUUGUGACUGAAUAGAUGUAGAAAGUUGUAGGCUGAAUUUGAAUAUUGCAUAGCAGAAGCUAUUAACGUGUAUAUUAACGUGAAAAGUAUAUCAAGUACUUGAUGUCAAAGCUGCAUUUUAGCACCUUACCUGAACUGUUGAAAAGUAUUCGAAUAUUAUACUGACUGAAAUUAUGCCUGAAAAUUUACUAAUUCACGUA